CAGCUCAAUUAGCUUAGACCUACUUUGUCUGAGUUUUCAUGUCAGCCAAUUGACAGCGCAAGCCAUUAGAUACGGUGAGGUUUUAACCCAUCUUAGGCGCAGGAUUCAGCUUUCGCAUCUAAUAACGGACUUUCUCUCACCUCAUCUCCCAAAACAGAAAUUCCUCUCUCACCGUGCUACGGAUCGAUCUGCGAAGAAGAAACAAUGGAGGUGAUGGCCGCUCGUUUUGGGCUCCUGCCCGCUCUCUUUCUGGCGUUCUGCCUCCUCUUCUCUUCCGCCGCCCUCGCCUCCUCGGUCGAGUACUGCAAAAAGGGAGCUGACUAUGCAGUUAAGGUCAGCGGCGUGGACAUAUCUCCAGAUCCAAUUGCACGGGGCAAGCCAGCUACAUUCACUAUCUCUGCAUAUACUGUGAAUGCCAUUACUGAAGGAAAAUUGGUGAUUAAUGUCAAAUAUUUUGGAUUGAAUGUAUAUGAGGAAACUCAUGACCUUUGCAAGGAGACAUCGUGCCCAGUCUCAACCGGUGCAUUUAAGAUAUCCCAUAAACAGACACUACCAAUAUUUACACCACCGGGCUCCUACACACUAAGAAUGACAAUGAUGGGAGAAGAUGGGAAGCAAUUGACAUGCAUCACCUUUGAUUUCUACAUCGGAUUCUUCUCAUCUGUAGCUGACAUCUGAAUGGGUUCAAAUAUGAGCUGUCAUUAGUAUAAUAUGUAUCAUGCCUAGUCUGUGGUUCUUUGACAUCACCGAACUGGAUAGAUUUCCAUUGGGUAGAACCCUAUGAUAUCCAUCCAUAACAUCAUGCAUGAAUGCAAUCCAAAUCAGUAUGAAUGUUCCAUAUCUCCGCUGGAUUAUGAAACAAAUGAUUUAGAUAUGAGUACUUCCGUUCAAACCAGCUAUCUCUUUAUCUAGUUAAGGCACUCAAUGGUGUUGAAGUAUUCAUAGUAAAUAAAUAUACACGUUCAUCCAAA